UGGACCACACAAACCUCAGCUUCUACAAUCCUGAGACCAGAAGAACUAGAUGGUGCCCGGCCCCACUGCGGACUGCUGUGAACAAGAUCCUGUCCGAAUUCCUGGGACAGAGUGAGAGAAAAAUGUAGAACAAAAGUCAAAAUCAUCAAGUAGACCAGCCAGACUGGUCAGAUACAGGAUGGUGGAACCCUCGAGACUAUGGCCCUUAGUCACCUGUCCCACGCACCUGGAACCGAACUCACCACCGGGACUCCGUUUUCAGCCAAAGAACAGACACGUCUAAAGGGGAACAGUAACACUAAGGAGAUUUAAAAAAAAAUGGAUUUGGCCAACCACGGACUUAUUCUACUGCAACAGUUAAACGCGCAGCGAGAAUUUGGUUUCCUGUGUGACUGCACGGUUGCAAUCGGCGAUGUGUACUUCAAGGCACACAAAUCAGUUCUUGCUUCAUUCUCCAAUUACUUUAAGAUGUUGUUUGUCCAUCAGACCAGCGAGUGCGUCCGCCUGAAGCCCACGGACAUCCAGCCCGACAUCUUCAGCUAUCUGCUGCACCUGAUGUACACGGGCAAGAUGGCACCGCAGCUCAUCGACCCCGUGCGCCUGGAGCAGGGCAUCAAGUUCCUGCACGCCUACCCGCUCAUCCAGGAAGCCAGCCUCGCCAGCCAGGGCGCCUUCUCGCACCCGGACCAGGUGUUCCCGCUCGCCUCCUCCUUGUACGGCAUCCAAAUUGCGGACCAUCAGCUGAGACAGGCCAGCAAGGUCACUCCGCCGGCCCCCGAGAAGCUGGGGCGCGAGCCCCGGCCUCCCCCACCCAGGGUGAGCCAGGAGCAGGUGCCCGAGGCCCCUCGGCUCUCCCAGCUCACCCCGAACCUGCCCCAGGUGAGCCGAACCAACCUGACCCCCUCGGAUCCGCUGCAGACCUCCCUGUCUCCCGAACUCGUCUCCACCCCCGUCCCCCCACCGCCCUCCGGGGAGGAAACCAACCUGGAGGCCUCGUCCUCGGACGAGCAGCCUGCCCCGCUGACCAUCACCCACGUCAAGCCGAGCAUCAUGAAGCGCAACGGGAGCUUCCCCAAGUACUACGCCUGCCACCUGUGCGGGCGGCGCUUCACGCUGCGCAGCAGCCUGCGGGAGCACCUCCAGAUCCACACCGGGGUGCCCUUCACGGCCAGCCAGCCGGGCGACGGCCGCGUGCCCCUGGCCCUGUGCACGAACGCCGCCGACCUGGGCAAGGACAUGGCCAUGGAAGUGCCCGAGGCGGGCAUGAUCAGCGACACGGAGCUGCAGCCCGUGUCCGACUCGCCGCUCAUCGACGGGCAGCAGCAGUCGGAGACGCCGCCCCCCUCAGACAUCGCGGACAUCGACAACCUGGAGCAGGCCGACCAGGAGCGGGAGGUGAAGCGGCGCAAGUACGAGUGCACCAUCUGCGGGCGCAAGUUCAUCCAGAAGAGCCACUGGCGGGAGCACAUGUACAUCCACACCGGGAAGCCCUUCAAGUGCAGCACCUGCGACAAGAGCUUCUGCAGGGCCAACCAGGCGGCGCGGCACGUGUGCCUCAACCAGAGCACGGACACGUACACCAUGGUGGACAAGCAGACUCUGGAGCUGUGCACGUUCGAGGAGGGCAGCCAGAUGGACAACAUGCUGGUGCAGACCAACAAGCCCUACAAGUGCAACCUGUGCGACAAAACCUUCUCCACGCCCAGCGAGGUGGUCAAGCACGCGUGCCAAAACCAGAACGCGGACGUGUUCGCGCUGGACGAGGGCCGCUCCAUUCUCCUGGGCGGCGGGGACUCGGAAGUGACGGAACCCGAGCACCCCGUGUUAGCGUCCAUCAAAAAGGAACAGGAAACAGUGUUACUGGACUGACGGCGACUGGCCUUUUUAAGAAAAACUCGUUUUUACCCACUCAGAACUGUACACUAUGGUUCUCCAUGGCAUGAAUCAAACGGGUCGAUGACCCCCUUCCUUUCCCUUAUCCCUUCUCUCCCGACCCUGCCCCCUACUCCCCCAGCCCCACCCCGGGAAAGGCUUUGUGCAUUAUAGACCUGAAAUAUAACCUACUUUUCACACAGGGGAUAUUGGAAAGAUAAUGGUCGGUAGUACUUAUAAACACAAAUAGGCUGAGAAAUUGUAGAUUAUUUAAGAGUAUACUUGGAACUAAUGAAGGGUAUAUACGAAAACGAUCAGAAUGCAAUUUGGUUUAAGCUAAAAUUAUGACUUCCCCUGGGUAAGAAGUCUUCCUUCUCAGAAAAACCCUUAUCAGAAAAGGCAGCAUGCUCUGGGCUCUGUACUAUGCAAAAAUCUUGACCGUGUCGGAAAUUGUAAACCCAAGCCAGUGCUCCUAGUAUGUAUCCUCCAGGGGUUCCUUCAGAGUCCAUCCUUUGAGAUUAUGUCCCGUCAAGAAAAAUCAUCCGUUGUGAAGUCAAAAGAAAAGAAAAAAACUACAAUAAUGUGAUGGCAAUCUUAAUUUGGGGGUAGAACGUGGCAAGCUCUUUUUGUGUGUUUGUAAGGAAAUGUGUGGGGACCAGUUCUAGUGGAGGCAAACCCCACAACGAAAUGCUGUGUUUUCAGUGUCUAACAGAUUUCUUGUCCGCUUCCAAAAAUCAAAUUUGGAAAUACCUACAGAUUGUCCUUCUGAACAGAAAAUGAUUUGCCACUACUAACAACUGCCAGCAGUAGACAUGCCCGCACCAGCCGGGUGCUCAUCAUUCGGGGUGUAAUACUUCAGGGAGAAGGAUACGGGCGAGGCGCUGUGGCUUGUAGUCAUGUCAGUAGUUGGAGCCAAUAGCUGCUCAGCAAUGUUCACUGAAGCAUCAAAACUGGCAAAGAGAAAUCGGGACAACAAAACAAAACAAGCUUUGUUUAGGCGGGAAAAAACACUUGAAUUCAGUGUUUUAUUGUCCACCUUUUUUCCUAUACCUGAAAUUCUCUCCAUUGGCCUGAAAGCAGUAGAAAUUGUUCCUAAUUCUUCCCUUAGGCACAAACUAGAAUGGUCUCACAAGACAGAACAGGAGCCGGUAAUAAGGCUGAAAGGGAACCGAGCCGGGGAAGGCCCCUUAAUAGCUCUACUCUCUGUAUAUGUUGAAAACCGAAUAUCCCAGCACCCUUUUCCAUGUAUAGUUCAGUUCUCAGAUUUGUAAGUUUUUAUACAUCCUUUCAUUGAAUAAACAUUUAAUUAAA